AUGCAUCUCGAUAAAUUAAGCGACGUCGAGAGAGUGAACCUGUGCAAAAGGUUUUAUUUAACCUAUGAAAUUUUGUUAAUUUUUUUUCAGGUAUUUUUUGAUUGGAAUCUUCUGUUUACCCUUUGUGUGGCUAACCAAUUUUGUCUGGUUUUUCACGGAAGCCUUCUGCAAACCUUUGACAGUGCAUCGGACACAAAUUCGCAGAUAUGUUAUCGCGAGUGGAAUAGGUUCUUUAUUCUGGCUGGUUGUCUUCUUAACAUGGGAAACCGUGUUUCAGGUAGAUUCUCAAUAAUACUUUUCUUCAUGCAUGUUUUCAGUAUUAUCGAGCCCAAGGUCUAGUCUGGACGGAUUAUCUCACUUUUGUAUUUCCAAAAGGACGUAUUUAA